AAGGUACUACUAUACUACUACAUCACUCACUAACCACUACUACCCUCUCAAAAAUUCCAAAAAUCAAAAUGCCAUAUGGAUAUUUAUCUAUCUCUUAGCCAUCAGCAUCCAAGUGUCCAACCUUAAAAACUCCUCUCUCUCUCUCUCACUAACUCACGCUCUGUUUACUCUGUUUUAGUGUUUCUCACCCCUGCUAUCUCUAAAUUGAACGUGUUUUCUGCUACUUUUGCGCGUGUGCAUUCCUCUUCCCUUCAUAGCGAGUUCUAGUGGUCGUAGACUCGGUGUUGUUGGACUCACCCACCACCACAACAACCCCUUUUGCUCCCACGUGCACAGAGUCAAACCCAAACCUCUCUUUUUCUCUCCAAACCCAACAAACAAACAACAACAAAAACAGAGCUUCCUCUCUAUUUUCUCCACCCCACAACACCAAAAGAGAAAAAAGAAAAGAAAAGAAAAAAGCAAACUUUUUCGCACACAAUUUGGAACAGAAAAUGGGUGCAGGAGAUUACUACAAGAUCCUCAAGAUGAACCGCAAUGCCACGGAUGAAGAACUCAAGAGGGCAUAUAAGAGGUUGGCCAUGAAGUGGCACCCAGAUAAGAACCAUCCACACCACCAUCAACAUGUUACGAAAGAAGAAGCUGAGGCAAAGUUCAAGCAGGUUUCGGAGGCUUAUGAUGUUCUCAGUGACCCCAAGAAGCGCCAGAUCUAUGAUUUCUAUGGUCACUAUCCCCUGAACUCCAUGAAGGUGAAUGAGGAGAAUGGUGAUGGGGAUGUUAAUAGGGUCCCCAAGGGGGUGAAAAAUGUUGGGGUGGUUGAGAGCAAAUUGGUGUGCACCCUUGAGGAGCUUUACAAAGGUUGCAAGAAGAAGUUGAAGAUCUCGAAGACUAUUCCUCAUGAAUUCGGAAAGACGAAGACUGUGGAAGAGGUCUUGAAAAUAUAUAUCAAACCUGGUUGGAAGAAAGGCACAAAAAUAACAUUUCCUGGGAAAGGCAACCAAGAAGCAGAAGCUACUGCUCCUGACGAUCUAAUCUUUGUGGUUGAUGAAAAACCACAUGCUUUGUUCAAGAGAGAUGGAAAUGAUUUGGUUGUCACACAGAAAAUCCUACUUGUGGAAGCUCUAGUGGGAAAGACUCUCAAUUUAACCACUUUGGAUGGAAGAGAGCUCACAAUUCAAGUCACAGAAGUUGUGAAACCAAAAUAUGUGUUGGUGGUCCCAAAUGAAGGAAUGCCAAUUUCAAAGGAACCUGGCAAGAAAGGAAACUUGAGAAUCAAGUUUGAUGUUAUGUUCCCAUCAAGGCUCACCUCACAACAGAAGUAUGAACUGAAAAGGAUUUUGAGCAACAGUACUGCUGAUGACUAAUUCAGUCUAGUAUGUCUAUUGCCUUUUUUUUCCCUCCAAUUAACACCCUUGAGUUGAGAGAGGUCAAUUUACAAUGUGUAAAUAUUUAAAUACACCUUUUAGUCUUAGACAUGAAAAAUGUGCAUAAUACAAAUAAACCAAGCAUGUUACUACCAUGUCUGCAGUGUGGUGUAGUUUUGGAAUAAAGCGAUUUCAGCUGCAAAAAAUGGUCUUGGAUUGUGUUUAAUUUAUUAUGGGUGGGAAUAUUUACAGUCCUAAUAUGUUUAUUCACACUUUUUUAUUUA